AUGUCCAGCACCACCACUUGUUUGAUCAAUAGCAACACUCUGCCGCCUCCUUUGAAUCUUGACGCUUUGAUCUGCAACACCAAGGUAGAUGGCGACACCUUCGUCCUCAUUUCAAAUUCCUUGUUCGAUUCGGGUAGUGACAUUUCAAAAAACCUGAUGCACGACCUCGAUAAUAUGGAACUAGCGGGAGAAGAAAACCAGUUACUAUACGGCCGGACCACCUUGGUCUUCUCACGCUUGAGCUCGUUGUGUAUUCAAUACCACCAUGAGAAAUAUCCAUGGCGAUUGAGUGGACACAUGGAGUUCCUGACUUGGAUGACGUGGCUGCUUGAAGGUCCAGGCUCGUCAUCUGACUCGGAGAUCUCUACAGCCUUGGAUUUCCUCUCGCGCUUGGUUGGCGUUGACCAAUACAUCCGGAGAGCAAAAAUGACAGAAGAUUCAACCAGUUUGACCACAGCACUGCCAGCACCCAGCCUGCGUAUAUCCAAAGAUUGUUUAGAGGAAACGCAUAGGCCUUCGCAGGUUAUUAGAGGAGGCGAUGCUGCCAUCGCCCUAGUGGCAAUGGCAGCGGCACUGGAAGCAGUGAGGAAUGUGAUGUAA